AUGCAGGCGCUGCCGAGAGCCAGUCCCUCAUUUGCGCGGGAGCACACACAGCCCCAGCAGCAGCAGGAACAGCAGCAGCAGCAGCAGCAGCAGCAGCAGCAAAGACUCCAGCAGCAGCAGGAACAGCAGCAGCAGCAGCAGCAGCAAAGACUCCAGCUGCAGCAGCACCUGCAGCAGAGCUUCCAGCAGCAGCAGCUACAACAGCUCCAGUGGGAGCUUCAACACCAGCAUCAGCAGCUCGAGUGCCAUCUGAAACAAAUAAGGCAAGAACAGCAGCAGCAGCAGCAGCAGCAGCAACAACGCUACUACCUCAAGACCCAGAAGCAGCAGCUGCAACAACAACAGCAACAACGCUACUACCUUCAGAUCCAGCAGCAGCAGCAGCAGCAGCAGCAGCAGCAAGAACAACAACAGCGCUACUAUAUCCAGACACAGCAGCAGCAGCAGCAUCAGCAACGCUACAACUUCCAGACCCUGCAGCAGCAGCAGCAGCAGCAACAGCAGCACCGCUACUACCUCCAGACCCAGCAGCAGCAGCCGCAGCAGCAGCAAGGCAAUGGCGAAAGCUGCGCCUCGGGCGCUUGCUGCAGUGCGCUCAACAGCAGCAGCAGCAGCAGCAGCAGCAGCAGCGGCGCGCGUGCUGCAGCAGCGCGCUGCGGCGCAACGGCUUGCUGCGGAGGUGUCUGUACACCUGAAGAGCCAGCGCGUGCGUGCUGCGCAUGCGCCGGCUCUUCAGGUGUACAGACACCUCAGCAGCAGCCGCUGCUGCCGCUGCAGCAGCGGCUGCUGCUGCUGCUGGGGGGCUUUUUGGUGAACUUGGUGCUGGGGUGUAUGUACAGCUUGGGACUCCUUAUACCCUACUUGAGUUCUUACCUGAGACACCAGGGGCGCAGCAGCACGCGCCAUUCCGAGCUGGGGUGGAUAUUCACUGCGGGUUCGAA